UAGAAUAAUUGUUGUAUAAUGCUGUUUUUACCCCAGGUUCUCAUCCGGUUCAGCAUCGACAGGAACAUGCUUGUUGUCCCCAAGUCAGCGACGCCCCAUCGGAUCAAGGAGAACUUCCAGGUGUUUGACUUCAAGUUGAGUGAUGAAGACAUGAAGACCAUGAUGAGCUUCAACGAGAGGAGAGCAUUCAAAAUGGAAUGGGCGACACAUCACAAAGACUUCCCUCUGAAUACAGAAUACUAGACAUCGUGCGGAGCUUUCUGUUGAUUUAAAAUCUACACGCUGACUCAUCCACAUCCUGUUUUGCUAGGAUUUGAUGAUUAAUUUUUUUACCUAUGAUUAAUGGGGCCUACCCUUUACUAAGUAUGCCAUUACCUUAGGGUUAAAUACCUGGAUCACUAUCGACGCUGUGCAGAGGUGAAAUAAGUACUCUGAGUAAGGUUGCCAUAUACCGGUGUAUAAAUACUCUGUUUAAGUCUUUUAUUUAACAUGUUCCUCAAGAAUAAUGUUUUAUCGGAUACUUUAUACUCAACUAUAAUGUCGCAGCUUGUAAAUAAACUUAUUUUCAUAAAUAUAUAUAUUGCUGUGUAGCUUGUGAGUUUAAAUCGCUAAUCAAUAAAGCAUUAUCUCAAAAGUAAAUUAAUGUGAUUGUUUGUUGAUUAUAUUUUGAAUUUGAAUCUUUUAAUAAAUAAAGCUGUAAAAAAAAAAAUCACUUUGUAGGAAGUUCAAAAUGUCUGUCUGAAGGUCCAGCGCACAGAAGUUCUCAGUAGGCAAUACAAUAGGACUAAUUAAGAUUCUGUUUAGUAGCCUACUACUUUUGGAAUAUGGCCCAAAAUGAAACAGAAACUAGUAAAUAACCUGAUACAAUAUUGGCAUUUGGGUUAGACGCUUGUAUGAGUUCAUGAUUAACUUCCCUCUAUGAAUCAAACACACGAGCUCGGCUCAUUUCUCCAGAGAACGCUGGACUUUUCUCCUCGUUGGCAGUUUCAGCUUCCUGCAUUCCAGAAGGAUAAGACUCUCUUUGUGUAAACAGACCUAAUGUUACUCUGUCCCCUUUAAAUACAAACUAGUAGGGAACAGCUUAAUGACAUUUCCUUUACUACAAAUACAAAUAUGGAGCAUUACAUAUAUGAGAAUUCAAGUGUCGCUAUGUAUGCGUGUGUACGGAUGUUUAUUACCUGGCUCACUGUGAGCUUCUGACCUCUAGUGGUCACAGAGAGGAACACACUUCCCCUGAGUGUUUUCUUCUCAGCUGUGCAGAAAAACAUUGCAGCAACUUGUUUUAUUGUCUCCCACAGGACUUUAUUUUAGCGUCUUACAAGUGGGAAGUGAAAGCAUUGAUUUCAUAACAGGAAAAAUAGCGUCAUGUAUGACUCACGAAUAAAGUAAAAUAAAUACUUUGUCAUCCCAAAAUGAGUGCAUUAAGUUCUGAAUUUUAAACAGACAACAGUGCUUUUAAAUUAGCGUAGCGACAUGAGCAGUGUUUGGACUUAAAACAGGAAUUUAUCUUUUCAUUUACUUAUGAGCAUUUACUCACACAUGUGCUACAUCCGGUUAAUCUACAAAUAUACAAAGAGCAUGAUUUUAUAAAUUGUUGUUUCAAAAAUAGAUGAGAGCAGUUAUUCAGUUUGAAAAUACAAAUGUAGUUUGUACACAGUUCUUCAGUAACAUAAAA